AUGAGCACUCCAACGACAGGAAGCCCAGAUAUGGAGGUGAAGGUGGUCUCCCAGGAGAUGGCAUUGCUUAGCAACAUACUGGCAGCUUAUACCUUCAUUGCAGACCAACCCGAGAGGACAGCGCUGGUGUUCCUGGGUGGUGUGUGUGUUGGCCUUCUUGUCACACUCUGUGCCAUCGUCUUCCAGAUACACUGUCGAGCAGACUGUCACUACGGCAACAGUAAGCAUCAUCGCCAGCGCCACAGGAACAAACAUCACCGUAGUCGUCAUAGCUGUCCCCAUCAGCAGCCCAUUGACAGUAAUCCAGACAGCAUGGCUGUUGUUGCAUCUGGAGGAACGGGGCCUGCAGGGGACAGCGAAUCCGAGGACUGGGAUGAUACGUGUGACCUGUCUGCACGGAGGCGCAGGCGCUUCGAGAGAGCUCUGCUGCAUGCCAGCAUGUUCACAUCAGCUGAGGAGCUGGACCGAGCCCAGCGCCUGGAAGAGCGGGAAAGGAUUCUCAGAGAAAUCUGGAUGAAUGGACAACCAGACAUCAGCACAGUCACACAAAGCCUCAACAGAUAUUACUGA